CACCCACUGAUGCGCUACUCUUGGAUGAUUUUACUCGAGGAUAAGACGCAUUCAAGACGUUUCAAGAUCAAACCACGAUGCAGCAGCAACAAUAGCUGCAGAUGCACCGGAGAGGAGCAAUGGUCAAGCCAGCAAGAACCACAGUGGAGCCGCACUGAGGCAAAGCAGCCAGCCCCCUAGUAUCUGGGGACACCUCCAAUGGUUUAAGGGGUGUGGGAAGCUGAGGAGUGGAAAAUUACUUCCCAAUCCUGAAUGCCUUCUCAGCCAGACUAACCAACGUCCCAGCACAAUUCCUUCCCCUCUUUAAUCAUCUCCUCGUCCCAAAAUGACCGUAGUAGCGGGAGAUAAUAUGGAUGAGACCUCGGCUGUCCCUGGCCAUCCUCAGGACACCUACCCCCCUGACCACAUUGACCAUGAGUGCUGCGAGAGGGUGGUUAUCAACAUAGCGGGUCUUCGAUUUGAGACGCAGUUGAAAACGCUCUCCCAGUUUCCAGAAACAUUGUUGGGCAACCCAAAAAAGAGGAUGCGGUACUUUGAUCCUCUGAGAAACGAGUACUUCUUCGACAGAAACCGCCCCAGCUUCGAUGCCAUCCUUUAUUACUAUCAGUCUGGGGGGAGGCUGAGAAGACCGGUGAAUGUCCCUUUGGAUAUGUUUUCAGAAGAAAUAAAAUUUUAUGAGCUGGGAGUAGAGGCAAUGGAGAAGUUUCGUGAGGAUGAGGGUUUCAUCAGGGAGGAAGAGCGUCCAUUACCUGAGAAGGAGUUCCAGCGUCAGAUUUGGCUCCUCUUCGAGCACCCAGAAAGCUCAGGCCCUGCCAGGGGAAUUGCUAUAGUGUCCGUGAUGGUGAUCCUGAUUUCAAUAGUUAUAUUUUGUUUAGAGACUUUACCACAACUAAAAGGGGACCCAGCAGGUCGAAAAGAGAGAGUGGGGAACACAACAAUUUAUUACAAGCCAGAUAUUCUCACUGAUCCCUUCUUUGUCAUUGAGACUCUCUGUAUAAUCUGGUUCUCCUUUGAGUUGAUAGUACGCUUUCUAGCAUGCCCAAGCAAACCGGCCUUCUUCAAGAACAUGAUGAACACGAUUGACAUAGUGGCCAUCAUCCCUUACUUCAUUACACUUGGCACUGAGCUGGCUGAAGACCCAGAUAAUGAGGGGGUGGGAGAGCAGGCAACAUCUCUGGCCAUACUCAGGGUGAUCCGUCUGGUCAGGGUGUUUAGGAUCUUCAAGCUGUCACGACACUCUAAAGGACUCCAGAUUUUGGGGCAGACCCUCAAGGCCAGCAUGCGAGAGCUGGGACUCCUGAUCUUCUUUCUGUUCAUUGGAGUCAUCUUGUUCUCCAGUGCGGUCUACUUUGCUGAGGCAGACGAGCAAGGAUCGUACUUUGGAAGCAUCCCGGAUGCAUUUUGGUGGGCUGUUGUGUCUAUGACAACUGUGGGCUAUGGGGACAUGGUCCCGGUCACUAUAGGAGGCAAGAUUGUAGGAUCUCUGUGUGCCAUCGCUGGAGUGUUGACAAUUGCACUCCCAGUGCCUGUCAUUGUAUCCAACUUCAACUACUUCUACCACAGGGAAACUGAGGGAGAAGAGCAAGCCCAGCUGCUCAAUGUCAGCACUCCCAACAUCCCAUCUGAAACCAAUUCCAGCCGCCGUAGUUCAUCUACCGUCAGCAAAUCAGAGUACAUGGAGAUUGAUGGAGACAUAAACAAUAGCAUCGAUAAUUUUAGGGAGGCAAACCUCAGAACUGGCAAUUGCACUAUAGCCAACCAAAACUGUGUAAAUAAAAGCAAGCUGCUUACAGAUGUUUAG